AUGCUUGUCAUCAUUCUCACAACAACCAUCCUCAGUGACAAGGAUCAAAAAGUGAUUCGGUCUGCUAUGGAUAAACUCGCAGGUCCGGGCAACUGGAGUGUGGAUUUAGGAGAUGUUGACAAAGUACUCCGGGUAAUGGUACAAUUAGCCUAUACUAUUCUUUACGUUCAGGACGUAGCCGCAACGGUCAGCUUUUAUGAAAAGGCCUUUGGUCUAUCUACAAAGUUCAUCACCCCGGAUAACGACUAUGCCGAAAUGGUUACCGGCGCUACAACACUUUCCUUUGCAGCAACAACUUUUGCAAAGUCCAAUCUUAAAGACGGAUUUAUAGAAAGCAAUCUGGCAAAUAAGCCCUUUGCUACUGAGAUUGGAUUUACCACGGACAAUGUGGAAGAAACGGUUCGGGGCGCGGUUGAUGCGGGUGCCACCAUCGUUGAACAACCUGCGGCAAAACCCUGGGGACAGACCGUUGCGUACGUAAGAGAUCUUGAUGGUUUCCUGGUGGAGAUCUGUACGCCGAUGGGCUAA